UUUGAGCUGAAAUUUUUCAGUUUUGAUCCUUUUUUUGAAGUUUUUUCUCCGUUUUUCUUGUUGAAAAAGAGUUCGAUUUGGCCGGUGGAUUGUUUUUAUUAGGGUUUUCGAUUGAUUUUCAAUUGCAGAAUUCUUGAUGCUGGAAUCGUUUCUGAUCGUCCUUUUCCUUUUACUUGUUUGCUAGAUCUGUUCGGCUUGGUUUGAUCCUCGAUGGAGCAGUAUGAGAAGGUGGAGAAGAUUGGGGAGGGGACAUACGGCGUGGUUUACAAGGCACGCGAUCGUUCGAAGAAUGAGUUGAUAGCUUUGAAGCGGAUCAGGUUGGAGCAGGACGAUGAAGGGGUUCCGAGUACUGCAAUUCGUGAAAUUUCCCUUUUGAAGGAAAUGCAGCACAAGAACAUUGUUAGGUUGCUAGAUGUCGUGCAUUGUGAGAAACACAUAUAUCUAGUUUUUGAGUAUAUGGACCUGGAUUUGAAGAAGUACAUCAAUUCUUGUCCAGAUUAUGUGAAAGAUCCGCGGAUUAUAAAAAAGUUUCUCUAUCAGAUCCUAGAUGCGCUUUCCUACUGCCACUCCCAUAGAGUUCUUCACCGUGAUCUGAAGCCCCAAAAUUUACUGAUAGAUAAGCGCUCUAAAUCUGUGAAGCUUGCUGAUUUUGGACUAGCGAGGGGAUUUGGCCUUCCUGUCAGGACCUUUACCCAUGAGGUGAUAACUUUAUGGUACAGAGCACCAGAAAUCCUCCUUGGAUCUCGGCACUAUUCCACUCCUGCUGAUGUGUGGUCAGUUGGCUGUAUUUUUGCUGAAAUGGUGAACAUGCGACCACUAUUCCCCGGAGACUCAGAGAUUGAUGAAUUGUUCAAGAUAUUCAGUGUUCUAGGCACUCCAGAUGAAGAAUCCUGGCCAGGAGUGACUUCCUUGCCUGACUUCAAGGCUGCUUUUCCCAAGUGGUCUCCUAAGGCCUUAAAUCAUGUGCAGAGUCUGGCAACAGUGGUUCCAAAAUUAGAUGCUGCAGGGAUUGAUCUUCUUUCUAAAAUGCUGUUGAUCAGUCCAAUUAAAAGAAUCACAGCCAGGGAAGCUCUGCAGCAUGAGUACUUUAAAGACAUAGGGGAACUUCUGUAAGGGUUAUGAUCAACAACCCACUCCUAAUCAUUGUAGAGCUUGAGUCCUUUGUAACUUUUAUGGUUAGCUAUAUGUUCUUUUGUGGUCUCCUUUGCUCAAUGAAUUUGUAUAGUUCUCCUUUUCAUCUUUUCUUGUUUUCUUGGAGAGUGUAAUUUUAGAUGGUUGUUAAGGCAUGUGUUCAUGUUCAGGCAUCAUCAAACUUCAAUGUAACUUGUCUGAUGUUAACAAGCCCAAGUUCUCAGUGCUUUUCAUAACUAA